CCGGCCAAGUCCAGCCGGUGGUGCUCGCGCAGUGAGAGCGGGCUGCGGGCAAGAGACAUGGCGGCAGCGGCAGCGACUGCGGCGACCAAGGGAAAUGGGGGUGGCGGUGGCCGGGCCGGGUUCAGCGAAGGCGGUGGCGCGCGGAGGAAGAAGGGUCCGGGGCCUCUAGCCACGGCGUACCUGGUCAUCUACAAUGUGGUGAUGACGGCGGGGUGGCUGGUUAUAGCAGUUGGUUUGGUCAGAGCAUAUCUGGCUAAAGGGAGCUACCAUAGCCUUUAUUAUUCAAUAGAAAAGCCUUUGAAAUUCUUCCAGACUGGAGCCUUACUGGAGAUUUUACAUUGUGCUAUUGGAAUUGUCCCAUCUUCUGUUGUCCUGACUUCUUUCCAGGUGAUGUCAAGAGUUUUUCUAAUUUGGGCAGUAACACACAGUGUCAAAGAGGUACAAACUGAAGACAGCGUCCUCCUGUUCGUUACUGCCUGGACAAUCACAGAGAUUAUCCGUUACUCCUUUUAUACAUUCAGUCUCUUAAACCAUCUGCCUUACCUCAUCAAAUGGGCCAGGUACACACUUUUUAUCGUGCUAUAUCCAAUGGGCGUGUCCGGAGAACUGCUCACAAUAUAUGCAGCUCUGCCCUUUGUCAGACAGGCUGGCCUGUAUUCCAUCAGUUUACCGAACAAAUACAAUUUCUCCUUUGACUACUAUGCAUUCCUAAUUCUGAUAAUGAUCUCCUACAUUCCACUUUUCCCCCAGUUAUACUUCCACAUGAUUCACCAGAGAAGAAAGGUCCUUUCUCGUACUGAAGAACACAAGAAAUUUGAAUAGUUCCUGCUUCCUGCACCAUCCCCCAAACCAAACUUUUCAAUGAUCAAAAAAUGCUGCAGACUUUUUUGAGUUCCCACUACGUUUCAUAGAAAAGAAUUAACUAUUUUUAAAAUAUUAAAAACAAAAACCAAAAUCCAGUGUCACGUGGGCCUGGGAUUUUAUAGAAAAAAAAGUUUUUUUUAAACUGUUAACAUACAGUGUCCUGGCCGGUCCAUUUUAGCAUGCUCUUUUCAACCAGAAGUCCUCAAUAUUUAAAUGGCGCUAGAGAGGGAUUUGGCACCUAUCUCCUCGUGUGUCUUUCUCAUAUCCAAUAGAGAGAAACUUACCGCGCUGACUGCUCGUGAGUGACAGUCAGUCUGAGUAAGGAGGUUGUCCCAGUGUGUGCUCAGUUCAGUCUGCAGUGUGUUUGGCAUUCCCUUCUCACAGUGCUUGACUGCAUGCUGGAAUCUCUUCGUAUUUUUGAAGCGGCAAACUUUGUUCUCUAAUGCUCUGAAGUUAUGACUGGGAUCAAGCCCCUCAUAUCUAGUGAAUGAAUUAUAAAAUGUAUAUGCCUGUGAAGCUUUGGGGUAGUGCCUGUAAACAGAAAAAAACUAGAACCCUUUUGUUUCUUUCCAAUUGAGUCAUUAUUGCCUGCCACUGAGAAACAUGCUUGAAUUUAAUCAGUAUGUGCAUAGUGUAAAGAACCCACCUUACCUGGCACUUGGCUUCGAUUGUGUUUUAACAAGUGACAGUUCUCUGAGAGGUGAAGCUCAGUAGCUGGUAAGUGACAAGUACCUUUCACAGGACUGGUCUCAGAGCACCUCUGAGUAAUGUAUCUGCCAAUAGUUGUUUUCAUUUAUGGACUCCAAGCCCAUCUUGACACAGAGGAGCAAGGAAUCUGUUAUUUCAAGUUGAAGGAAGCUGUUGCUUUUAAAAUGUCUGGAAAAACAUAAAAGAGUGUCUUUAUACAUUUAUUUGUUUUGUUUUCCCGAGUUUAUUCACUCUUCUGUUCACUUCUCCUGAUGAUGGCCGCGUGUCCAUUCCCACCUAGCAUUAAGGGGCGGUGUGUGUUCCGGGGAGGCAGUGGAGUAAGGCAGUGGCAUCCUGGCAUGCGGGAGCAGCUGUGCUAUAAUUUGGUCCUGUGGACAUUGUCUGGUUAACAUCACUUCUGCAUACCAUUUAACUGCUCAUCUCAAGUGGGCAUGUAAACCCACUCAAGAAAGGGUGGGGGAGGGGCUGGGGAUUUAGCUCAGCGGCAUAAGCGCCUGCCUUGCAAGCAGGCAGUCGUGAGUUCGAUCCCUGGCACCGAUAAAAACGAAAAAGACAAAAAAAAAAAGAAAAGAAAGGGUGGGGGACAGUGUGAAGCCCGAGUUGAUGUGUGCACUCAGUUGCACAGCUAUACACAGUGUCUUCUUUGUGGAGCCUUUUUCCCCCCAACCCUUAAGACUUUAAAAGUCAGGCUUCAUGAGUAAUUUAAAAUAUAAUUGUCAGUAGCAGAAUGUCAGGAUGAAAACUAAACUUUAAAAUGCAUAUUUUCACAGAAACUUGAAAAUCUAAUCCAAGCAGCUAUAUAAUACUUAUGUUUUAACAACAUUAAAAUUCUGCUUCUUCAAGUCAGCACUGCGGAGUGCAUGGAGGUUAGAAUCUUUUUACAUUUGCUAGAGAGACUGGGAGUGAUGGUUAUUCAUCUUCUUAGCCCUUUGUGUUUUUCCAGAAUGUGUUUCUACUAUGAAACAGUUAUUUUCAGUUAUACUAGCCUUUAUUUAUUUGGUCAAGAUUUUUUUUCAGUUGUUUUUGGGACUGUAGAAAGUGGGAUGAAAAAUGCAGAUUUUCUUUGGGCUUCUUCCUUAUAAUUAAUUAUUACUUCUGAGAAAAUCAUCCUGUUGCAGAACAGCACACUGCAUCGAGUUGAACUUACACAGUAAGGAUGCAGGAGACAACUCCCUUUCUGCAAGGGCCUCCACCCCUGAGUAUGCUUUUUACAUCAACGUUUAAAAUAUAGCAGAUAAAUAAGGCAUGUCAUUGUGUCCUUCAGAAAACUUCUCAAUAACUUCUCAAUGGUUUUUUCAUUCGGUCCUAACAUGAAUUCAUUUCUCCUUUGAAGCAGUGGUCUUCUAUGAGCUGAGAAUGUCCAACCCCACUGCAAGUCACAUCUUACUGUAAGGUGUGAAGGAGGAAGUGGUAUUCAGUGAAGGUGUUGUCAGACUCAGUGGUGGCCUUGUGUGCCACAGAGACACCCGCUCCCAGCUCCCUCUCGGCAUGGUUCAGAUCCCGCCUCCCGGGGCCCCUGCCCCUGGAGACUUCUCUGAGGUACGCAGCAGCCUGUAGACCAAGCUGUGAAUCUGCGUCUUGCUGUGCCAUUGGCUGAGGUCGGGACUGCCCACCUCUCAUGUUCCCUCCCUGAUCAGAGGCCCCAGGGAGGUGCAGUUACGGAAUAAAGCACUUCCUUCCUAGAUAAGAGCCGUCCUUGGAAGCUGACUUCACUGAGGAAGGUAGCUGGAGAGGCAGAUCGUGCCCUCACUUCUCACUUCUUGUGUUGCUUAUUCAUGUCUAAUAAAAGGCUGGAAUUGAUGUGGGCCAACCUGUAAAUUAUUUUCAGUUCUGAGUUUCUAAUAAACCAUUAUAAAACAUUAAAUUCAUUGCACACUGCUCCUUUGAAAUUUGAGUAAAGAAAAAACCAUAUAGAGUCAUUUUUGUAUUUUUUCUAUGUUGUGAAAACCAAAAUUGUAAUUUUAUAAGUCUUUGAUUCACUAAAGUUAUAUAAUUUAAAUGUAUUUUUUGUAUAUUUAGAAAUAAUGGAGUUCAAAGACUACGCUUAACUUUCUAUGCAUGCACUUGGAAGCUGUUUCUACUUGAUAAUGUAGUCAUAAGUUAUAUUCAUAAACUACUGACCUGUGUUGCAUUUCAGAAUAAACUGGUGUGUGCUCUGCCUGGA